UGGGGGGGAAGGGUGUGCGGGGCUAAUUGGUGACAUUUGGGAGGGCAGGAAGAAUUUCCUGGCACCCACAUGCCCUCCCUCUGGGAUCAGAGCCCAGGCCACUGGAGGCUGGCUUGGUGAAGCACAUGAUCGAUGAGAGAGGGUAUGAAAAUGGCAGCUUGAGAGCCCCCCCACUCCGCCCUCCGCCCCCAUUCUGGUCCCGGAUCUGCAACAAACUCACACCUUGGGCAAAGCACUUGGCACGUGUGGGCUCUGCUUUCCUUUACCUGUGAAAGUACAGGCUGGAUCCCACGAUCUGGGUGACCCCUUUCAACCCUGACAGCGGUCAACUCCAGGGUGAGACUCAGGGUCGGGGGGCUUGAUCCCCUCUCUGCUCUCCAGCUCCUCCCUAAUUCCCACUCCAGCCUGAAGCCUCCUUCCCUGGGACUGACAGCUAGGACAGCCGGGGCUAUUUAUGGUAUGGCCUGCGUGUGCUCCCUGCCCCUCCCACUCCAGGCCUCGGCCUGGCUCAGGCCCCGUCAGCCAGUGGAAUCGUCCCGAGGCCUGCUUCUUUGGCUCCCUCUCUCCCAGAAACUGGCUAUGCCUGGAAGAAGGAGCUCCCCUCCCCCCUGGGGACACCGUCUGGGGAGCCGUCCUUCGGCCCCUGCCUGCCGGGUCUGGGGGUCCCGGUCCGGCCCAGCCCGGGAGCCGACUCGGCCGUCGCCUCUACUGUGCCGUGAUAUGGCCCUGCAGAACGCCCUGUACACGGGAGACCUGGCGAGGUUGCAGGAGCUGUUUCCCCCGCACAGCACAGCCGACCUGGUCCUGGAGCACCGGGCCGCCGAGCCUCGUUGGAGCAGUCACCAGAGGGGACUCUGGUCUCUGACGUACGAAGAGGAGCUGACCACCCCACUGCACGUGGCGGCUAGCCGGGGCCACACGGACGUUCUGCGGCUGCUGCUGAGGCGGCGGGCAAGGCCCGACAGUGCCCCUGGGGGCCGCACCGCCCUGCACGAGGCCUGUGCCGCGGGCCACGCUGCCUGUGUCCACGUACUGCUGGUGGCAGGAGCAGACCCCAACAUCCCUGACCAGGACGGCAAACUCCCCUUGCACCUCUGCCGGGGGGCUGGCACCCUCGAGUGCGCAGAACUGCUCCUGAGGUUUGGGGCGAAAGUGGAUGGUCGGUCUGAGGAGGAGGAGGAGACCCCUUUGCAUGUGGCCGCCCGGCUGGGCCACGUGGAACUGGCGGAACUCCUUCUGAGACGGGGGGCAUGCCCGAAUGCCCGGAAUGUCGAAGGCUGGACCCCACUGCUGGCUGCCUGUGACAUCCGCUGCACACCCUCCGCCGAGGCCGAGGCCACCACCGCCCGCUGCCUCCAGCUGUGCCACCUGCUGCUCUCGGCUGGAGCCGAGGCCGAUGCUGCCGACCAGGACAAGCGCCGGCCCCUGCACCUGGCCUGUCGCCGUGGUCACGCGGCCGUCGUGGAGCUGCUCCUGUCCUGCGGUGCCAGUGCCAAUGCCAUGGACUAUGGGGGACACACGCCCCUGCACUGCGCUCUACAGGGCCCAGCUGCGGCCUUGGCCCAGAGCCCAGAGCACGCAGUGCGAGCUCUGCUUAACCAUGGCGCCGUCCGCGUCUGGCCUGGGGCCCUCCCCAAGGUGCUGGAACGCUGGUGCACGUCUCCGAGGACCAUCGAGGUCCUGAUGAACACCUACAGCAUCACGCAGCUUCCCGAGGAGGCCAUGGCCCUGGUGCCUCCUGAAACUCUGCAGAAGCACCACCGUUUCUAUUCGUCCCUUUUCGCCUUGGUGAGACAGCCCAGAUCCCUGCAGCACCUGAGCCGCUGUGCCCUCCGUGCCCACCUGGCAGCCUGCCUGCCCCACGCCCUCCCCCGCCUUCCCCUGCCACCCCGCCUGCUCCGCUACCUGCAGCUGGAUUUUGAGGACGUACUCUACUAGGUGUCCACUGCCUUUUGAGAGACCCAGAAGCUGGUGCCCCAGGCCCCAGGGGGCUCAGGUCUGCUUCUCACAGCAUCCCAAGCUUGGGACAGAGUUGAGCUGGUUCAGGCCGAGGUGGCCCUGUGGAUGCUGUCAUUCUCACCAGGGAGAGAGGCAGACAGACCAUGCGGCCAGGGGAUGUCUGAUGGAGAGAGAGCUGGGACUCACGGCAAGUGAUACACUCCUCUUGGUGGUCUCCCGAGGCAUCCCUCCAGCCCGGCCAGACCCUGUAUGAGCAUUAAAAAUCUGCAGGCCUGU